ACUGGUUCCUCGAGCCACUCAAUCCAAAAUGGAGUUCCAGGUUUAUCCAUCCCCCAGUCGGAACCUUCAGUUGGGAACCACCAGUCGAAGUAAGGUCAGACCCAGCACCGCGGGUAAUCAAAGACGCGGAACCAAAACCGGGUGCACACUUAUCAUUUAUCGAUCGAGGUACCUGUUUGCGAUACAUCCCAUAGUACGGCCAUUGUGUCGCACGAUUUGUAAGCCGUCCUCAUCGGACGUCGGUCUUCACACACAUGUCACCCUUUCCUCUAGGCAUGAAUGACGCCGGUUCGCAAGAACACCGACCACGGGGACCGCGCUUGUAUCACAAAAAGUCUCGCACCGGUUGUAUGCGAUGUAAGCAGAGACGAGUAAAGUGUGACGAAGUUCGCCCUAGCUGCGGCUCAUGUUCGAGGCAUGCCGUCGAAUGCGUGUACCCGGUUGCGACCCAAUUGUCGACUGGCGUCGCAAGAGCCUCCUCGGCUACUCGAAAUGAUGGCGGGCCAUCAAUGUUUUCGACAAGUCCGAUCAAUACAGGAGGUUCGCCCGGUAACGAGAGCAAGCCAGUAGUGUCAGGGUCUUCACCGCACGGCUUAGAAUUCUAUCCCUCUCCUGGUUCAUCUCAUCCCACUCCUAUAGAUGAUGGGGCAGAUCCCGAGAUCGAUAUACCUGAAGGGCCGUGGCGUCGAAUAUGGGAACUUCGCUUGCUACACAAUUACCAAACCAUGGCACAGCCAUUCCCUGGUCAGAACAACCCGGAGCUCGCGCGCAUAUGGGAGUACGAUAUUCCAGAUCUAGCCAUGCGUAUGGCCCACGAACACAAUCGGUGUAGUCUUCUCUACAUAACGUUAGCUAAUUCAGCCCUACAUCUUUGGGCGCGGACCACGGACAAGCGAGAGCGGGAUGAUCUCAUGAAAUUGCAACAAACCUAUCAGGUCAUGUGCAUGAAAGGACAACGGCGCGACCUUGAAGAGUUAACCCAGGGGAUCAUACAUAACGCGGACUAUAUCUGUUUCACUAGCCUCCGAAUAUUGGCCCAUUCUAUAGCUUUAGUCCAGACACUAUCGGUGGACCCGUGGGAGGCGCCUGUGCAGUGGUUACAUAUGGGUCGCGGUGCCGGUGAAGUGAUAGCGACGGCGAGCGGGCUGCUAAGCAACGAGAACAAGCCGACUUCUUAUCUAAACGUUAUGAGCAACUCAAACAUUCGGAACCCACAAGAGUUUCUCAGCUGUGACCAUAGCUCGUUGGACUGGCUACUGGAAUAUCCUGGUAGCCCGAUGUCGAUGGCAGCACAAGACGACUACGAAUUGCACGACGAAGAAGCCAGGUCGGUGUACGACAAAGCACUUUCAUACAUAUGUAAUGUGCAGAGAUCGAUAGACAUGGGCGAGACGGACGCUACUGUGGCUAGAAGAUUGGCCGCGUUCUCGAUUGUGAUGCCGAGGGAGUUUACUCGAUUCAUAGAAGAGAGGAGACCGAGAGCUAUGGUGGUAUUGGCGCAUUUCAUGUCGUUGUGGAUUGAUUACGAGCAUAUAUGGCUAAUCGGCAAAGCUGGAGAAUGGCAAAUCAGGGGAGUCUAUAAGGCUUUGCCUAUAGAAUGGAGUUACAAGCUUGAUGGCCUCUUUUCGAAGUUCAAACAGCCAGAAGCCGGCAGGUAAUACCUAAUACGACUGUGUGGUUGAUAAUCAGUCUGAAAAAAAGAAACACCCCUUCCCUACCCCAGCACAUAACGAUACAUGAACAUAAAAAAAAGCUAUUAUAUCACAAUAUAUAUAUUCUCUCAUGCCAUUGGAUUCGAACACGAUUCCAAUUGUGUUUUUUUUUUCUCUCUAUUAUU